UUGUACACAACUAUACCGUCUAGCGCUGACACCGGUAACAAGUCAACCGCUGUGUAAACGUUAAUUCAGUCGGUAUUUUAUAGUUUCAUUUAGAGUCACAUACAUGCGACAGAGUGCUAAGUUGACCUAACUGGCGUUAGCGAACUUACGAGCUGUAAAAGUUGGGUAACUGGGUGAAUUUUCGGCAGUGUUGGCGUCUCCCAGCUGUCAUGUUGACCGUGUUUUCUCACCUGUCCGCCGGCCUUCGGCUCUCCUAGCCGGCGCUGGACAUACAUGGGGACCCGUGUGACCAGAGGAUGGAGCCUGUGACCUGGGACCAUCAUGGCUGCUGUGACGGUGUGGAGUUAUACCAGCGGCCGUCUGCUCGGAGGAUGGGGCCCGCUUCUGUGUGUCCUCCUCGGCUCUUUGGUGGCCGUCCUGAUGCCUCUGGUGGGGGUGGAGGAUCGGUGCUGUGCCGCCCUGAAGGGCUUCGCUCAGCUCCGCUGCCAGCUGUGGGGCAGCUCCCAGCAGCCUCCAGCUGUGCAGUCCACCAGCCUCACUGUCCCAUUUACUGCCCUUGAUGUGCUGCCUCUGAGGUCCAAGCCGAGCAAAGAGAUGCAGCUUGAGGCCAAAGCGGCGCUGCAGCAGGCUCUGGAGAUGAGGAAACUGGGAAAGAGGGAGAAGGCCCACAAGCUGCUGGUGCACGCACUCAGCAUGAAUCCAGACUUUGUGGAUGCCCUGACAGAGCUGGGGACCAUUCUAGAGGAGGAGAAGGAUGUGGUCCAGGCAGACCACCUGUACACCAAGGCCUUGGCCAUCUCACCAUGCAAUGAGAGAGCUCUGGUCAGCCGGGACCGAACUCUUCCUUUGGUGGAAGAGAUCGAUCAGCGUCACUUCGGUAUCAUUGACAGUAAAGUGCGCCGGCUCAUGUCUAUUCCUAAAGGCAACUCUGCACUCCGCCGGGUGAUGGAGGAAACCUACUACCACCACAUCUACCACACAGUCGCAAUCGAAGGCAGCACGCUCACUCUGUCUGAGAUCCGUCACAUCAUUGAGACACGCUAUGCUGUCCCUGGGAAGAGCCUGCAGGAGCAGAACGAGGCCAUCGGUGUGGAUGCAGCCAUGAAGUACAUCAACACCACGCUGCUGUCCAGAACAGGAACCAUAACUGUCAGUGACAUCCUGGAGAUUCACCGACGGGUGCUGGGCUAUGUGGACCCUGUGGAGGGAGGGAGGUUGCGUACCAACCAGGUGUUUGUGGGCCACCACAUCCCCCCGCACCCUCAGGACCUGCAGAGACACAUGCAGGAGCUGGUUCAGUGGCUCAACUCUGAGGAGGCCCUGCAGCUGCACCCCGUGGAGUACGCAGCUCUCGCCCAUUACAAACUGGUGUACGUGCACCCGUUUGUAGACGGCAACGGACGCACGUCACGGCUGCUCAUGAACCUUGUGCUCAUGCAGGCGAGAUACCCACCAAUCACUAUUCGCAAGGAACAGAGGGCUGAGUAUUAUGCAGCUCUAGACACAGCCAAUGAGGGCGAUGUUCGGCCCUUCAUUCGCUUUAUAGCCAAAUGUACAGAGAUGACAUUGGACACAUUGUUGAUUUCUACAACAGAGCACGCCGUAGGACUUCCAGGAGCUGGCCAGGACCACACCUGCGCCGAAUGCAAGCAGACCAUCCCGAUUCACAACUGAGCUGGAGACAGGAGGAGAAUCUAAGAGCUGAGAGUUGCCUUUUAGUUUGACCAUAUUCCACCAGGAUCACUCUUUUCUGCUUCAAUCUUCCAGACCUGCUGAAUUCAUUGAAACUGCUGCAGGAUGUUGACUUCUAAUCUGAUUUUGCUGUUUGAGGUUUGCUUCCAAUUAAAAGAAACCUUUUUACCCACUUUUAGUUUCACAAUAUUCCCACAGAGUGUUGAUGAAUUUCAGUUCUCAUCAGAAUAAGUUUGACUGCUGGUGAUGUGACGAGGGAAACUUUAUCAUGUUGUUUGACCUAAGAAGCUUUGUUGUGGAUGUGUGAAUAUUUAGUUAAUGAUCUUUGGGAUAGAGGGGCUGUCUCAUAACACUGUAAGCACUUUGUAUUUAUUUUAUUUUAAAAUAAAAGUGAUCUAUUAACUUC